CCUCCCUCCCUCUCCUCCCCCCCUCCCUCUCCCUCUCCCCUCCCCCCCUCCCUUCUCCCUCCCCCUCCUUCUCCCUCUCCUCCCCCCUCCUCCCUCCCUCCCCCCCUCCCUCCCCCUCCUCCCUCCCUCCCUCCCCCCCCCCCACCCUCACCCCCACCUCCAUCACCACCUCCACCAUCACCUCCAUCACCACCACCACCACCACCACCACCACCUCCACCAUCACCUCCAUCACCACCACCACCUCCAUCACCACCUCCACCAUCACCUCCAUCACCACCACCACCACCUCCAUCACCACCACCACCCCCACCACCACCACCACCACCUCUACCACCACCACCACCUCCAUCACCACCACCACCUGUACCACCACCACCACCUGUACCACCACCACCACCUCUACCACCACCACCACCUCUACCACCACCACCUCUACCACCACCAACCUCUCCACCAAUCCCACCACCACCACCACCUCUAUCACCACCACCACCUCUACCACCCCAUCACCUCACCACCACACCACCACCACCACCACCACCACCACCACCUCUCACCCCACCAUCACCUCACCACCCCACCACCACCUCAACCACCCCACCACCACCUCCACCCCCACCCACACCACCCCCACCACCACCACCUCCACCACCACCAAUAACUCCACCACCAACCACCACCUCCACCACCCCACCACCACCCCACCACCCCACCACCACCCCACCACCACCACCACCACCAACCCCACCACCACCACCUCCACCACCACCACCACCUCUACCACCACCACCACCCCUACCACCACCACCUCUACCACCACCAUCACCUCUACCACCACCACCACCACCAUCAACACCACCACCACAACCACAACCACCACUACCUCCACCACAACCACCACUACCUCCACCUCCUCCCCCACCACCACCACAACCAUCCUCCCCACCACCACCACCACCACUACCACCAUCCUCCCCACCACCACCACCACCCCCACCACCACCACCACCACCACCACCACCACCAUCCUCCCCACCACCACCACCCUCCCCACCACCACCACCACCAUCCCCACCACCACCACCAUCCUCCCCACCACCACCACUACCACCACCACCCAUCCCUCCACCACCACUACCACCACCACCACCACCACCACCACCACCACCACCACCUCCACCAAUCUCACCACCACCACCACCACCACCACCACCACCACCACCCCCACCACCACUACCACCUCCACCACCACCACCACCACCACCACCACCACCACCCCACCACCACCACCACCAUCCCUCCCCCCCACCACCACCACCACCACCUCCACCACCACCACCACCACCACCACCACCACCACCACCACCACCAUCCUCCCCACCACCACCACCACCACCACCACCACCACCACCACCACCACCACCACCACCACCACCACCACCACCUCCCCCACCACCACCACCCUCCCACCACCACCACCACCAUCCUCCACUACCACCACCACCCUCCCUCCCCCCACCACCACCACCAUCCUCCCACCACCACCACCAUCUCCCACCACCACCAUCACCAUCACCACCACCACCACCACCACCACCACCACCA